UGGACAACGUGAAGUACCUCGCGAUGCUCGUCGUGGUGUGGAAUCACUCUUUGCAGGACUUCUUAAAGGCGCUGGAUAAGCACGAGAAUAGAGGGUGGUGCGAGAUGGACGCGACGAAUAGGUUCUCCAACGUGCACGCGCGGGCGUUUUACUUGUUGCUCAACGUGAUUGGCAUGCCCGUGUUCACGUGCGUGAGCGGGUAUCUGUCUAGGAGUUGGCUCAACGCGGCGAGGGAGGACGAGGCGAGCGCGGCGAAUUUGUUGGUGCGCGUGCGAUCUUCCACGGCGAUGCUGUUGGGCACGUACACGAUGUGGCAGACGCUGUACUUGGUGAUAAAUUAUUAUGACGUGACGCCGGUGCAGUGGUGGGGACCGAUCGGGGUGAUGUGGUAUUUGUUCGCGCUCACGCUGUGGCGGAUGAGCGUCUUAGUCUUGGGCGCGCUGAAAAAUCGGGUGAUUUUGGGUCUGUCGCUCUUCAUGGGGCUCUUCGUCGGUUUUACGGAGACGCCGUCUGGGAAGAACGGCGCGGCGAUAUUCGAUUGGCAGCGCCUCUUUGUGUACGCGGUGUACUUCUUCUUUGGUCUGUGCGUGAUCAGGCCCGAUCACUUAAAGCGACUGCAUAGAACUGAAUACGGUAAGCGCGUCGUCAUUGGGCUGAUCAUUAUGGUUUCGUCCUACGCCGGAAUUUACUUGACGCUCAACUAUUUCGACAAGUGCUUCGACACAGCAGAGCGCGCCAUAUGGUCCACGUCGCCGUACGACUCGACGUCCGUGAUGUCCAUGUUCAAAGGGUUCGGCGAGCGCGUAUUCCUUUACUUCUUCACCGGCGUGGCGUCCUUUGCGUUCUUGGCGCUCGUUCCGAGCGACACCAUGUGCUUCACCGUCAUGGGCUCUCGCACGCUGUACUGCUACCUCGUGCACCUCCUCCUCAUCCACGGCUUUUACCGCUUCAUCAACGAGGUCUGGGCCGCCGCCCCACUGAGCUUCUACCUCCCGGUAUUCGGUUUGUUCCUUCCGCUCAUCGUGGGCAACGUCUUGAUGCUCGGACCGGUGGUUCGCAUUCUUCGGCCCGUCAUCGAGCCAAGCUUUGAUUUCCUCUGGCGUUCACACAAACCCGCGACGAGUAUGAACGCGCUCUGA